AUUCACCUGCCGCGGUGCCUGAGAUAUAUCGCCCGACUUGCAUCUUUUUUCAUUUUCCUCCGCUUCCACGAUGAAGUACAGCGGGCUCUACUUCAUCUCCAACCCCUCCACAAGCGUCGAGGCCGCCCUCUCCACCGUAAACACCCUCACUCAAAGCAUAGAGUCGAGCUUCCAAACCGCCACCCGCCAACCAACAUGGUCGCUCUCCUACCGCGCAUUCCGCGACGUGAUCCCCCCAGGCUACCAGCCGCCCGUGGGUGCAGACGGUAAACCAGCGCCAUACCCACAUUCGUACCAGCACAUGCUGCACCUCUCCACCCUCGCCCCAAACAGAACAUAUGUCUAUGCGCAGCCAGCCGCGCAAACGGCGACUACCGCUUCGAUACCGCUGCGCCAGCAAGACGCGCACGCCUCGAUGCUAAGGAGCCAGUCUUCCGCGCUGUGGGCACAGCGCCAUGUACUCUCCGUGCGCGAUGGGACCUCUUACACCGCGGGCCUCUGCACCAUCCAGCUCGGCGAACUGCGCGCCACACGCGAGGGGCCACAGUCAGGUACAAUGCUCUCUCCUGGCAUAGUUCUCUGCAUCACCACCGUUGUCGGCGCAGAAGACGGAGAUGAGGGACCCGACGCAGCGUACUCAGCAGUGGAGAAUGGUGCACCGUUGGAUGCGGGCGAGCAGAACGACAUUGAUUUUGAAUAUGCGCAGGCGGUUGUUCGCGAGUGCUGGAAUCGUAUCAAGGACGGGAAGGAUCUGGGUCGCUCGGAAGUUAAGGAGUUCAUGAUGGCGCCCAGGGUUGAGGUGAAGAGGGAGCAGCAGCGCGAACAGGCGGUGCAUAUGUGGUGUGAUGCAUUGAGAAUCCGGGGCUGAGGUUUCACACGGCCGCUCUUUUGUCUUCUUCUUUUUGGAGGGGUGUUCUUCAGACAGGAUAGAGCAGCAUUCAAUGUCUCGCUUUUACAUGUGUGGUUAUGCGAAACGUUCCACAAUCGCAUGCUGCGUAGACUAUAUCCCAGCAACCGGUUACUCAGUAAAAAUCGUCAAAGACUAGCUUAGAGACACGCACAUAUUCUAAUCAAGAAAGCAUGUACGCAACGGGAGUCUAGCAUGGUAUCUCAAUGCACAAAUGCCCUAUCUAGGUAA